CAUCACAAUACGCCCUGAGACAACGCAACGCACCACUCAUGUGCGGCAUCUUCUGCUCGAUCAGCAGACAUGCUCACAUCGAGCCAGCCGAUGGCGUGAAAUGCCUGCUAAACGCGCGUGGACCAGACGCCGCGAGCGCCGUGUGCAUUCGUGAUAGAGGAUCGCAGGCCUUCAUCACUUGUCAUUCAACAGUACUGUCCUUGCGAGGGUCGAGGACAACGAAUCAGCCUUUCCGGAAAGCUGAUUCAGAAUCCACUUUAUGCUGGAACGGCGAGGCCUGGAAAAUCCGUGGAGAACGACCAGAUGGGAACGACACGACUCGCAUAUUUGAUGUGCUGCAAGAAGCUGCUCUCAACGCACAAGGCGACGACCUGACAGAAGCCACCACCGCUGUUGCGAAGGCAUCGGCCGAAGUCGCUGGACCUUAUGCUUUCGUCUUCUUUGAUGAUGAGCACUCCAGAAUCUUCUUUGGUCGCGAUCUCCUCGGACGCCGCUCUUUGUUGCGCAGCAUCGACGCAGAAGGCAACAUCCUCUUGUGUAGUGUCACGGAUGGCUUGGAAUCAACGGCAUGGAGUGAAGUCGAGGCUGAUGGUAUCUACUGCAUCGAUCUUACCAGCGAGCCUAGUACUGACCCGGGCGAGGUCAUUCCCGAACUCUCCUUGAACAGAGACCUGUCAUCAGUCAGCCUCUUCAUCGACGAAAACUCACAAUCGGUGGGACAUCUGGAGUCGCUUCUCAGAGAGUCGGUGUCGCUCAGAGUGUUGGAAAUACCUGAGCCGCCGCGACGAGGUACUGACAAAGGCGAUCGAAAGCGAGCAAAACUAGCUAUACUGUUCUCUGGAGGCCUGGACUGUACGACGAUUGCGCGACUAUGCCACGAUUUUCUUCCUCACACCGAGCCGAUCGACCUCCUCAACGUGGCCUUUGAAAAUCCUCGAGUUCACAAGACCGCCGGAGCCGGAGCCUUCGAGCUCUGUCCGGAUCGCAUCACCGGACGAGCGUCCCGCACAGAGCUCUGCAACGUGUGUCCAGAGCGCGAGUGGCGCUUCGUUGCCGUGGACGUACCCUAUGCCGAGACACAAGAACAUCGUGACAAGGUCUUGCGUCUUAUGCAUCCUCACAACACAGAAAUGGAUCUAAGCAUCUCAUUCGCCCUGUACUUCGCCGCUCGUGGGACCGGGCAAGUCGCUCAGGAAGCCGAUGGACAAGUCAUCGACUAUGUCAGCUCAGCGCGUGUGCUUCUCUCAGGACUUGGUGCAGAUGAGCUCUUCGCUGGCUAUACCCGCCAUGCUACAGCCUUUCGACGCAACGGCUUCCCAGGACUACUGGACGAGCUAGAUAUCGACAUUGGACGACUUGGCAAGCGGAACCUCGGUCGAGAUGAUCGUGUGAUCAGCAACUGGGGCAAGGAGGCACGGUUCCCGUUUCUUGAUGAGAAGCUGGUGCAAUGGGCUCUAGCAGCUCCGGUGGCUGACAAAUGCGGGUUCGGGGAGUCUCAGCCCGAGAACGCAGACUCUUCAGAGAAACGUGGCUGCGCAGCGAUUGAGCCUGGUAAGAAGGUACUCAGAUGUCUAGCCUGGAAGCUGGGCAUGAAGGAGGUCGCCAUAGAGAAGAAGCGAGCGAUCCAAUUUGGCGCCCGAACAGCAAAGAUGGAGACCGGAAAGUCCAAAGGCACACACGUGCUGACAUGA